AUAUACGAUGAUGUUAUUGUCUUAGUCAAUAAUAACAUGAACCUUACUUUUCCGAAUUAUUAAUAUUCAUCCAUCAUCAUCAUCAAUCUUCUUUUCUUCUUCCUUCAAAUUUCAAUUCAGUAACCCUAAACUUUUCAUUUUCUCUUGUUACUCAUAAAGCUUCCAACUUCCGAUCUACGACGUCGUUUCGUUUAACCACCUUGUUAAAUAAAGGUUGUGUUUGAUAAAAGUCGUGAGUGAAAAUGUCAUCUGCUGGUGUCACUACUCUUAGUCCAGUGGAUCCUACUGAACCAUUGUUGUCUCCAAAUGCGUCUCAUUUUCCGUCGUCCUUAGAGGAAAACUCCAUUUUCAUAUUUCUCUCGUUUUCGGGUUUGUUGACGCCUAUUCGUGUUAUGAAAUGGGAUACUAUUGAGUCUGUUAAAUUCAAAAUUCAGAGGUGUGAGAGUAUUCCGUUUUUAACUAACAAACAGAAGUUGGUUUACGCUGGUCGUGAGCUUGCUCGGAGUGAUACUUUACUCAAGGACUACGGAGUUACCGAUGGGAAUGUUUUGCAUUUGAUAAUCAAACUUUCAGAUCUUCAGCUCAUCAAUGUGAAAACAUCUUCUGGGAAGGAGUUUUCUUUUCAGGUUGAACGAGGUAGGGAUGUCAAGUACAUCAAGCGGAGGAUUGCUAAAAAGGAGAAACAAUUUGAUGAUCCUGAAGACCAGGAGCUUGUGUGUAAUGGGGAACGGCUUGAGGAUCAGAAGAUUAUUGAUGAUAUCUGCUGCCAGCAUAAUGAUGCAGUGGUGCAUCUGUUUGUUAGAAAGAAGCAUGCAAAAGUUCAUAGAAGACCCCUUGAGUUGUCCAUUGUAGCAACAGACUUGGCUGGUAAGAAAACUAACGAUGUUUGCGGAAAUUCUAGUGAUAGAAAAUUUGAUGUUGGUGGUGGAAAAGAUUCUCUUUCCAUUCAAGGAGUUGUGCCAAGAAAGCUUCCUGAUAAAGAUUUUCUUUUGGAGCCAAUUAUAAUCAACCCUAAAAUUGAGUUAGCUUCAGAAAUGCAGAAUAUGGUAAACACUGCACAUGAUGGACUAGCUAGUGAAAACCAUCCAAUAGGAUCUGCAGAAGGUACAGGGGGAGCUUACUUUAUGCUUGAUUCAACUGGUCAGAAGUAUGUGUCUGUUUUUAAACCUAUUGAUGAAGAGCCAAUGGCUGUGAAUAACCCUCGAGGUCUUCCAUUAUCAUUAAACGGCGAAGGUUUAAAAAAGGGUACAAGAGUCGGCCAGGGAGCAUUUAGGGAAGUUGCGGCUUAUGUUUUGGAUCAUCCAAUAAGUGGACGCCGCAAUUUAUUUGGUGAUGUGAAGGGUUUUGCUGGCGUUCCUCCAACUUUGAUGGUAAAAUGCUUGCAUAAAGGAUUUAACCAUCCAGGAGACUUGAUUGCUAAGAUUGGAUCCAUGCAGAUGUUUGUGAAAAAUAACGGGAGCUGCGAAGAUAUCGGUCCUGGGGCUUUCCCAGUAAAUGAAGUACACAAAAUUACUGUACUGGACAUGAGAUUGGCAAAUGCAGAUAGACAUGCUGGGAAUAUUUUGGUCACCACAGAGGAGCAUAAUGACCAGCCUGUUCUGAUUCCAAUUGAUCAUGGAUACUGCUUGCCCACAAGUUUUGAAGAUUGUACCUUUGAAUGGCUUUACUGGCCCCAAGCCCGGAAACCAUAUUCCGCAGAAACUAUUGAGUACAUAAAGUCAUUGGAUGCUGAAGAAGAUAUUGCACUGUUGAAGUUUCAUGGAUGGGAUCUGCCAAUUGAAUGUGCCCGCACUCUUAGAAUCUCGACCAUGCUUUUGAAGAAAGGGGUUGAGAGAGGAUUGACACCUUUUGCAAUUGGAAACUUGAUGUGCAGGGAAUCGUUGAACAAAGAAUCUGUGAUAGAGGAAAUAGUUGAAGAAGCAUUGGAUUCUGUUCUUCCUGGCACAAGUGAAGCUACAUUGCUGGAUGCUGUUUCUCAAAUCAUGGAUCGGCGUCUUCAUGAUAUUUUCAACUCUCCUUUUUAAUAAGAGCUGAGUGCUGCAAUAGUAGCAGGUAUAUAAAUGUGUGUGUGCAAUAGUACAUAUAUGUAUAGCUCAAGUAAUGGGAUUUUAAUUCAUAACAAAGGAGGUUUGUUUUCUCGGUUGGAAUUCCACUCCAUUCUUUGCUAUAGUUUCAUAGGUUUUUUUCACUUUUUUGUAGUUUCCUGCCGAUAACAAAUUCUUUCAGAGUUUGUAGUUGAUUUCUUUAUUAAAUUUGAAUUCCAAGGAUAAUAGACAAACCCUUCCCACUCUUUGGAUUGUAAGUUGAUAUUCAGGUUUCUUGAACUAGUGUUGUGUUGUUUCAAACUACUUGGUUGUGUUGUGCUUGCUAAGAGUGAAAACGGGGAUAUGUAAAUUGACGAUGUUGUUACAAUGUUAGGAUAAAAAAUGUAAUCACAUUGUCAUAUUGCAAAUUGUUUUUGAUUUUAAUACAAUAAUGCUGUUUUUUAAGGUGCUCA